UCAUCGGAACUGUAAGUGAACAGCUUUAGACGUCAUAGCCAUUGCCAUUCCGUACAGUUCAGCUGCCGCCAAGUCAUAUAGUAAUUGAAUUUGAUGAGAUCGAACACCUGGCCAUAUGUGCAUCAGCCGUGACAGAUGACCUCCGAACCAGAAGUUCAAAUGAAGGAUUUUAAGGUGUACAUCAUGACCUGGAACGUGGUUUGCCGGGGGCCCAUCGAGGACUUGCGUUCGGCGUUGGGCCUGGACCCCCCAGUCAACAGCAGCGCUUUGCCAGACCUGUAUGCUGUAGGGUUUCAGGAAGUGAGCGCCCGACCCCAGUGCCUUUUGCGACAAGCAUUUUUUGAAGAGCCAUGGAUACAAGCUGUUAGGACUGCUCUGCGCAAGUACCGUUACGUUAAGGUGAAGCAUGUAAGGUUACAGGGUCUCGUGCUGGCCAUCUUCCUCAAGCGUAAACACCUGAUUCACUUGCGUGGAGUUCAGUCUACGUACACAAGGACUGGUCUCGGAGGUGCUUGGGGCAACAAGGGCGCAGUGACUGUUCGAAUGAUAAUGUACGGCUGUUCGACGUGCUUUAUCGACUGCCACCUCGCCGCUCACGAAACUGAACUCGCACAGCGCAUAAAUGAGUAUAGCACUAUAAUUGAGAAGCAGACAUUCGAUGACAUCAACGCCACCAGUGUUUUGAACCACAAUUACGCCUUUUGGUUUGGAGACCUGAAUUUUCGCAUCGACGACUGCACCAUACGCGACCUGCAACUGGCCAUAGAAAACGGGACGGUGCACGAUUUCUUAAAGAAAGAUCAGUUAAUAAACGCCAUGAGGUCCGAAAAAGCAUUUCACCACUUCCAAGAACACGAGAUCACUUUCUUACCCACCUACAAGUACCUUGUGGACAGUCAUGGUUUCAAUUACAGUCACCGUAAACCCGCGUGGACGGACAGGAUCAUGUACCGCUUCACGAGGGAUGCUUACGAGAACGUGGUCCUGGACGUAAAACAGCACCAUUACCAGAGCCACAACCUAUAUAUCCAAAGCGACCACAAGCCUGUCUCCGGAAGUUUCACAAUCAAGGUCUUUGCAAAGCCAGAGCAGCCUAUUGUAUUCUUCUUUCCGGUGGGUCCCUGGUCUAUCAGCCAUGACUGCUUGGCCUGGUAUUACACGAACGCCGGCAUGGACGUGCUCCCGUCGGACUGGGUUGCUUUAUACAAGGACAAUUUCACAAGCCUGGAUGACCACAUCUGCUUUGUGUGGGCAUCGCGGCAACCCGUUGACAGCCUUCCUUACCACUUGAUGGAAGAGGCCCGAAAACUGUACUCGGUGUGUUCCAGCCAUCCACUCUGUACAUGCGGCGAUGGAGGUGCUCCCACUCCACCUACUCCUCCUCCGGGUGAUCGAUCUGCUGCAGGACCUUUACCCUGCUUGGGAGCUACCAGAGUCUGCAGGCGCCACGACCAAGCAUCUGGGAAGCGCGUAUCUACAUGCCGAACGUUCAGGGAAGAGGUGAAGUCUCCUGAGAGCAGGGAAGAAACCGUGGAGUCGGUCAGGACGUAUUCAGAACGGCGACAGGCAAACGCCCAUGAGAGCACGGCUUGGACACAUCGCACGGUAUCGCCCUAUGACCACCCUGACGACAUGGCUGAAGCUCCGUCCCCCUGUGUCCUAGCGACGAGCUCUUGUCCGGUCCGGGACGAAGGACAGUCAUCCGCGCCUACCUUCUACCGUGUGCUAUUUGGCAGCCAAAAUCUUCUGUUAAUGGGCAAAUAUCGUCUUCUGUACCUCAGGGGUGACUCGGAUGUGCUAGGCAUGAGUGGUUCCUUCAAGGUCACGACACCGCUCAUCGUCUAGGUUGCUCUACGAUAAGAAUUUUUUUCAGUUAAGGAAACAUACCCAUAUGCAAUGUAUUCAGCGCCAAUAAACAAUUUUCGAGUAUUA